AUGGCUGCCUACACCCGGCGACUUGCCGCCUACACACCAGCACAGAACAAGCCCGUCACAGAGAUUGCAAUCUUCAAGUUGAACCCAGAAUUUGCCUUGGACCAUGCUGCAGCAGCUGUCGAGUUCGAAUCACAGGUGGUUCAGCAGACGGCGCCGGGAAAGACAUAUGCCAAGGGCAUCCGGCGGAUUAGCUGGGGAUUUUCCAGGAAUGAUCCGGAAACUUUUGUCUGGAUGCUCGACUGGGACAAAAUCCAAGACCACUGGGAGUUUUGGCAAACGCCUGGGUUUCAACCAGUCAGUAAUACCAUUAGCAAAAUGUUCAAGCCGGGCCGCCCGCUUGUGCGGCAUUAUGACUUUGGUGGCCAGGGAAUGAUCGAGGCUCCUUGGGUCAGGUUGUUUGUUUUCGAUGAGAAGAGUGGAGGCACUACACCAGAGACGGCGCGUGCAAAGGUUUUGAAAACCGACGCCUCAACAACCAUGACCGCCAGACAGGCCUACGCAGUUGACCUAGAUGAGACAACUUGGUAUUGUCUCCUGCUUGGGUACGAUUCUGAAAUUGCUGCUGCAAAGGAACAGGUACACACUGAAUUGUCAGGCGAGGAUCAUGUUAUCGAGCUCAAGUAUUCGAGUCAGCCAUAG